AUGGACGUGCCCGAAAACUCGGCCAAACUGCUCUGGCUGAUGUACAAAAACUCGCGCAACCUUCUCCCGUACCGCGCCCGCAUGGAAAACCUUACUUGGCGAAUGAUGUUUGUUCGGCGCAAAAGCGCGGCGCCCGACGCGUGGCGCGACCUUCUCUCGUCGCCCGUGCUCGGCCACUUGGGGCUCGACCCGCGGCUGCCCGAGGACUUGGGCGCGCCGCGCUCCGACAGGGCGCUGCGCAAGCGGCCGGCGCCAACGCUGCCGUUUCUUCUGGCCCAGCACGCGGGCAUCGACGGUCUUUUGAUCAGCCCCGGCCCGCGCCUGAGCUCGACCGCCUCCUCUGGGCCGGUGCACCUGAAUCUUCUGGCGGCGCUCCGGGCGCCCGACUCGUACGACCAGCUGUUUGCGUUUUCGCUCGACCCGUUGGCGUUCGAAGGGCCCAACGACGUGCUCAGCCACGACCACUAUGAGAAUCAGAACCAAAACCACCAAAACCAGAACAACCAGAGCCAAAACCAUCAGAACCACCAAAACCACCAAAACCAGAACCAAAACCAGCACCAAAACAACCACAACCAAUCUCUACCCCAAUCUCUACCAUCUCUACCAUCUCUGCACCAUCUCCAGACGGAAACCUUCGGCCACCUGCCCCACUUGCAGGGCCCCACCGCCGACCGGCCCUUUGAAGAAAAAACCGCCGUGGCCAGCCUUUCCAAUCCGCAUGCGCUUUACGAGCCGCCGCUUGCGCGCCAGCACAGCUCUUUUGUCAGCAUGGCCGACCACUUUCUGGACCUCGGCACUCCGUUUGACGACGUGACGCCGCCGGCGUUUCUGUUGCCGAUCCAAACGCGCCCGCCCCUCGGGUCUCGCCCCGGCCUGGUGUCUGGGUCGGUGCCCGGGUCGGUUCCCGGAUCUGCGCUCGGGUCCGCGCCGCGGCCGCUGUUUCUCGAGUCGCGCCUGGGCCUGUUUGUCGACGGGCCGGCGUACUUUGACAUGUUCCUGCGCGAACCUUGGAACGAGUCGGCCGACGACACCGCGCGCACCCAGAAAAAACGGGCGCCCAAGAAACCGCGCGCGCCCAAGAAAAAGCGCGACGCCCUGCCGGCGCCCGAUCCCAUGCCCGCAGCGCCUGCGGCGCCUGCCGGCGGACCCAGUGUGCAAUGCACCAACUGCCACACGCGAACCACGCCGUUGUGGCGCCGCAAUCCGCAAGGCGAACCCUUGUGCAACGCGUGCGGCUUGUUUUUGAAGUUGCACGGCACCGUGCGGCCGUUGAGUUUGAAGACCGACGUGAUCAAAAAGCGCCAGCGGCUGAGCGGCGGCGCCGCGGCAAAGAAAACGUCGCUGGGCACGCCGGACGGCGACGACUUCAACCCGACGUCGCUCCCGAAGGACAAAAAACCGCCCAAGGGUAAGAAAUCCACGGGCUCGCCCGACAGAGCACUGGCUCACAGACAGUCGGCAGCGCAGGCAGUGCAGGCAGGGCCGGCAGUGCAAACGAUGCCGCCUGUGGAAACAGCGCAGCCACCGUUGCCUCACCAGGAACAUGUGUUGCAGCAUGAACAGCCGGCGCACACACAAGCGACGUACCACCAGUCUCCGUUGCGUGAAGAACAGCACGAUGUUCACCCCGACUUGCAGUCUGUGCACGCGGGCGACUUGCGGGACUUGUCUUCGGAUUUGCACCCGAUCAACGAGUUGGACAAGGAUCUAGACUGGGGUGAAGACCACAAGUGGACCGAGUCGCACGACCAAAAGUGGGGCGACCAGGAAGACCACGGCAAAUGGGACUGGCUUAGCAUGACUCUUUGA